AUGGACCAGAAAAACAAUGUAACUGAAUUCAUUCUGCUAAGCCUCACACAAAGUCCAGAGCUUCAAAAAAUUUUCUUUGUCAUUUUUUUAAUCAUGUAUGUGAUCACAAUUGUAGGAAACACACUCAUAGUCGUGACCUUGACUGCCAGCCAAACUUUGAGAUCACCCAUGUACUUUUUUCUAACCUUCUUAUCCAUAGUGGACACUAUCUUCUCUUCAGUCAUUAUUCCUAAGAUGGUGGUAGAUUUACUGUAUGAGAAAAUAACCAUCUCCCAGGAAGGCUGUUUGACUCAGCUCUUUGCAGAUCAUUUUUUUGGUGGUGUUGGAAUCAUCCUCCUUGUGGUCAUGGCUUAUGAUCGCUAUGUGGCCAUCUGCAAACCCCUGCACUAUAUGACAAUCAUGAAUCCCCGUGUUUGCCACUUGCUGGUGGCAGCAGCCUGGAUGGGGGGCUCCAUACAUGCCACCAUACAGGUCCUCUUCAUGGUCCAUCUUCCCUUCUGUGGUCCUAAUGUUAUUGAUCACUUCAUGUAUGACUUGUUCCCAUUGCUGAAACUGGCCUGCAUGGACACCCAAGUUCUUGGCCUUUUAGUCAUAGCUAACAGUGGAGUAAUGUGCCUGUCAAUCUUUCUCAUACUAACUGUCUCCUAUGUUGUCAUCCUCUCUUCCCUGAAGGGUGUUAGUUCAGAGGGAAGGAGAAAGGCCCUUUCUACCUGCAGCUCUCACUUCACAGUGGUGGUCUUGUUUUUUGUUCCUAGUAUAUUCCUGUACGUGAGGCCAGUAGUCACUUUUCCUAUAGAUAAAGUUGUGGCUCUAAGUUUUACUCUGAUUACUCCUAUGUUAAACCCCUUGAUUUACUCGCUUAGUAAUACAGAGGUUAAAAGUGCCAUGAGGAAACUCUGGAUUACAAAAGUGACUGUGGUCUUUCAAUAA